AUGGCUAUGGUGUGUCUUUCUGACUUUGAAGCUUAUGCUAAGAAGUAUUUACCCAAGAUUGCUUGGGAUUAUUUUGCAGCUGGAGCAGAUGACUGUACCACACGAGAUGAAAACAUCCUGGCAUAUAAAAGAAUUCGUUUCCGGCCACGUAUGCUGCGGGACGUAUCCGUGAUGGACAUUAGGACUAAAAUCCUGGGCUUUGAAAUCAGCUUUCCUGUAGGAAUUGCUCCUACAGGCUUCCACCAGCUAGCAUGGCCUGAUGGAGAGAAAAGCACAGCCAGAGCGGCCAGAGCAAUGGACACCUGCUACAUUGCCAGCACCUACUCCACCUGCACGCUGGAGGAGAUCUCCGCGGCUGCGCCCGGCGGCCUCCGCUGGUUCCAGCUCUACAUCCACCGCAACAGGGCAGCUUCCCAGCAGCUGGUGCAGCGGGCGGAGGCCUUGGGCUUCCAGGGCCUCGUCCUCACCGCCGACCUGCCCUACACAGGCAAGAGACGCGACGAUGUCCGCAAUGGUUUCCGCCUUCCUCCCCACAUGAAAGUGAAGAACUUGGAAGGAGCCUUUGAGGGAGAUGACUGGUCUGAGUAUGGACUGCCACCCAACAGCUUGGAUCCUUCAGUCACCUGGAAUGACAUUUACUGGCUGCGGAGCCUGACACGCCUGCCCAUCAUCAUCAAAGGCAUCUUGACAAGAGAAGAUGCAGAGCUGGCAGUGAAACAUGGAGUUCAGGGAAUUAUUGUGUCCAACCAUGGUGGAAGGCAACUGGAUGAAGGGCCUGCCACUAUUGAUGCUCUGGUUGAGGUUGUGGAGGCAGUAGGAGGCAGAGUCGAAGUUUAUGUAGAUGGAGGAAUACGAAAAGGAAGCGACGUGUUAAAAGCCCUGGCUCUGGGAGCAAAAUGUGUCUUCAUUGGAAGACCAGCUUUGUGGGGCCUGGCUUACAAGGGUGAAGAAGGUCUUCAGGAUGUCUUGAGAAUCCUUCAGGAUGAAUUUCGCUUGUCUAUGGCCUUAGCUGGCUGUGCCAGCGUCUCAGAGAUUGGCCAGCACCUGGUUCAGUUCUCCAGGCUGUGA